UUAUUUUUAUAUCGUAUGUUACAUACUUACUUUGAAAAUGAUACGACAGCUGCUGCUGCAACUUCUCACGUUGGCAAUGGAAAUCGCUAGCAUCUAUGGAUCCUGCAGCGUUACAAGGAUCAUCAUGCGUGUGCCCCGCGAUCGUGAUGUUGGACUAAUCUUUGAUCUGACUGUGUCGAAUCCCAAGGCACAAAAGUCCGAAAUGUUGGGCUUCACCGUCACUUCCGAUGGCAUUUGCACCUUGAAUACAUCGAGAGGUGAACAGUUGUUGGCUGGCAGCAUUUUUGGCGGCGACUUUGGCUACAUCGAACCGGGCAGCAGCAUAACCGUCUCCCUGAUGUGGCCUACUGUGUCGCUAUACAAUCGCGUUGGCAGCUGCACCAUUUUGGUGAGCAGCGUGAAUCACAAGAAAGAGGUGAAUAGAACGAAUCAGAUUCUGCACUUUGAUACCCGCUUUGAGACAUUGGAUCCUGGCAAUCAUUCGCUGCGUCGUCGCAAGGAUUUUACCGAUUGCAAGAACUGGGAUCAAAACUAUUUUCGCAAUUGCACGCCCCUAAAUUGUGAGGAACUUUACUUUGGCAAGCGCAGCUUUUACAAUCGCACGAGUGAGCAAUGCGAAGCAGUUCCAGCGUGUAUUGGCGAUGGCAUUCAAUAUGAUUUCUAUGCCAACGAGUGUGUGGACGUCAAUAAUUUUAUAACUGAGGACGAGAUUGAUCAGUUGAAACAGGGGGAAAUUUGAUAAUAAUUAUAUGGAGCUGCAAGAAUAUGAAGCGAGCAGAGCG